ACCGACUCAUUUUUGAGAAAAAUCGGUGACCAAGCUUGGGAUUUUCUCCUUCUCUUCUUGUUCUUGAACCCAGAAAUCCCCCCUCCCUCUGCUGGAAAUCCCGAAUCUGGUCUGCUAUUUCUCCCUUGUCCGCCGGCUGCUAUGUGGGUGUGAGGUUUUUGGGCUUUUUCUGGUAAGAUUCAGCCAAGAAUUCAUCUCUUUAGCUUUGAAUUUGGUUUGGGUUUACCUUGAAUUGUGUUUUGGUUUUUGGAUUGGGUAGCCGCGAGUCCCCUGCAGGAUUUCUUCUUCUCUGCCGUCGGCUUCUUCUUCCCCUGCUAGCUCCGGUUCUUGCUAGAAAAUUCUGGCACUGUUCACACACCGAGGGUCAAUGAUUAGCGGAGAUUUAAAGGUUUAGUUUGUGAUAUAAGAAUGAAUUUGGAGAUAUCCGGUUAUGUGGAGAUUGAUAGAAUAGCACUAUGAUUAGGGGUAGUGCUCACGAUAAUUUUACUUUGAAUUUGUGGUGGUAUGGUUAUUAAUUGUGGAAUAUUGUGAUUAGGUUUUAAUCGUUCUGUCACCGUAGCACUUGGGUUAGCCUUCUGUUCUGUGCGAGUGAGGAAGCGAAACCGAGGACGAGGAAACCGAGGACGAGGAAACCGAGGGGAGUGACGAGGUAGAAGGCUAGCCAUUCCAAUUGAAUAUAAGUUUUAGAUUUUAUCAUCCUUUUGUAAGUUAGAUUUUAUUCUUGAGAUUUGUGAUUUGAAUAAGUUCCGAGCCUUGUGCACUUGUGGGACCCGUCUCACGAGUGCAUGGCGUCUGUCGCGCCUCGAAUUCGGGUUUUGGGGCGUGACACUUUCAAUCCACAUGAUACAGCUUUGUUCAUUCAUAAGACUGCUCGAGGUAUGGUUCUUUUACUUCUUGAUGUUGAUGACAUAAUUAUUACUGGAGAUGAUGUCCCAGGUGUUGAGGAGUUAAAACAAUCUCUCAGUCAGAAAUUUGAGAUGAAAGAUCUUGGUGUUCUAAGCUAUUUUUUGGGGCUUGAAGUGACCUCUUCAGAUGAUGGUUACCUGCUUUCUCAAGUAAAGUAUGCCUCUGAUCUUGUUUCUAAAGCUGAACUCAAUGAUGGUAAGAGUGUUUCUACACCUCUUGAACCUAAUGUCAAGCUUACACCUAUGGAUGGCUCUCCACUUUCUGAUCCUACUCGCUAUCGGCAAUUGGUUGGUAGUCUGGUUUAUCUUACUACGACACGCCCUGAUAUAGCAUAUGCAGUUCACCUUGUUAGUCAGUUUAUGGCUGCUCCUCGCUUCACUCAUUAUGCAGCAGUACUUCGCAUUAUUCGCUAUGUUAAGGGAACAUUAUUUCAUGGACUCCAUUUUUCUACCAACUCUUCCUCUGUGCUUCGUGCUAACUUUGAUGCUGAUUGGGCUAGUGAUCCUUCUUAUCGUAGAUCUACCACUGGUUACUGUCUUUUCCUUGGAAAUUCUCUUAUCUCUUGGCGGAGUAAGAAACAAGCUAUUCCAUCUCACUCUAGUACUGAAGCUGAGUAUAGAGCUCUCGGGGAUACCACAUCAGAACUUCUUUCAUUGCGGUGGCUUCUUAAAGAUAUGGGCAUUCCUCAACCUUCUUCUACUGAUUUAUAUUGUGAUAAUCAAAUUGGUUUCAUCACAACCACCUUGAGUUUGAGGGGGGAUGUUAAGAUGUGAACACAAUUAUAUUUAGAAUUAUUGUAAAUAUUUUAUACUUUAGAAUAUUCUCUUUAUAUACUUUAUACCUUAGAAUAUUCUCUUUGUAAACACCUAUAUAUAGGUCAUUGUACAUACAAUAUAAUUCAAGAAAGCAAUAAACCUUUCUUCAAAUUAUUCUUCUUUUCGGUUUUCUAACAAUGGUUAAGGUUUGAAUCGCAUUCUCUCUCCUUACUCCUCUCCCCCAAUAAAGUUUUUAACCAAUU